AUGGCUUUAUCAUCUACAAUGCAACGAACAGAACCUUAUUUAAAUUUACAUUGUGAUGAUAAUGAAAAUCUUUCUAUUAAUAAACAAGCAUCGACUCCAUCAAAUUCAUUUAGUUGUUCAAUUCAUAAUUGUUUCUGUAAAAGACCAAAAAUUGGUUUAGUAUUAUAUCCAAAAGAUAUUCAAAUUAAAAAUAUCAUUCUACUUGUUUGUGAUCAAUGUUAUCAUUAUAAAUUAGAAAAUGAUACAGAACAUACUCAACUUGAAAAAUGGUAUUUCAAUAUUUAUAAAGAUUCAAAAUCAUUCCAAUUUAAAUCAAGAUUUUCAUUGAAUGAAGACGGUUUAUUUUAUUUUUAUAAUCCUGUAUCAAAUACUAAUGAUUUAUUUAACAUUAAAGAACGAGAAUUAGAAAAUUGGGAAAAAGAAGCUAUUCAACAAACUGUUCGGAAGAAAUUACAAAUUUAA